CAAUAAGUUGAAAUUUCUUUGAUACGAUCUUCUCCGAAGUUGAUUAGACGUCCUGCUUUCUGCUCUCUCCUCGCCAUGGCGCCGGGUCCCUGCUCUCUCAGUAACUGAAGGUGGCCGCCUCUCCGCCGCUGCCGGCCCAGCGCUCACACACUCGCUUGUUGCCGAGCACCGCCAUCUUGGAGACGGAGUGUCGUGAGCCGGCAGUUUUGGAGAAACAGAGAGAGACGGGACCCGGGGGUUCGAGCUGUGAAAUUCAAAGCCCACGAUUGGGUUUGAGAGGAGCCUCCUAUGGCCUCAGAGCUUGAUGAAGCUGAAGAUGGUGGCUAUACUGAACUGGCUAGACCUCUUCAUAUGCAGUAUCUGGAACGCGCCUUAAAACUUGACACUUUCUUGCGACAGACUGCUGCUUUCUUCAAUAAAAAUGCUUCAAGUGAAGACAGUGACGAUGGUUUAGAGCAUGACUCCUCCUUGGUGAACUCAGAAUCCUGCUCUUCUUUACUGCUGGUGAAAGAGAAAACAUUAGGACAAGAUGAAGAUCAGUCUUGUAGAACCGGGGAAUCACAAACUAUGCCAGAAUCUAAUUCGCUCAAUGGAGCUCUCAUGCAAGAUCACAAAAUAGAUAAAGGAAGUUUAUACAACUUUUCAAAGUUAAAGAAAACAAGAAAAUGGCUGAAGGGUAUUUUAUUGAGUGAUGACACAACUGAUACUGACUCUGAUACAGAUGAUGAGGAGUUCACUUUAUCCAAGGAAGAGUUGCAGGAUAUGCUUAGGUUGCACAAAUUCAAAAAGCUGCAUCAGAACAAGUUCAGUCUUGACAAAGAGUUACAGCAGUAUCAGUACUACAGUGUUGGUGUUCUCUCCACUCAUGAUCCUUUCUAUGAACAACAGCGGCACUUACUGGGGCCCAGGAAAAAGAAAAUUAAGGAGGAGAAGAAAUUAAAAGCAAAAUUAAAGAAAGUGAAAAAGAAAAAGAAACGUGAUGAAGACUAUGCUGCUGAAGGAUGGCAGUAUCCAACAAAAAUAUUUGCAAAGUUUUCCCAAGAUAGUCCGACUCCUGUGUCUAAAAAGAAACACUUGACAAUUGAACAGCUAAUGGCAAGGAGAAAGAAAGUCUGGCUAACUAUUGCCAAAAAAGAAAAUCCGAAGGCAUUCAAGCAGAAAGUUUCAGCUAGAAAUCUUGUUCUAACAAAUGCAAAAAAGUUGGCCCACCAGUGUAUGCGAGAAGUUCGCAGGGCAGCCAUCCAGGCUCAGAAAAACUGCAAGGAAACCUUGCCACGAGCCAGACGGCUAACCAAGGAGAUGCUGCUUUACUGGAAGAAGUAUGAGAAGGUUGAGAAGGAGCAUCGUAAGCGAGCAGAAAAAGAGGCUUUGGAGCAACGAAAGCUAGAUGAAGAAAUGAGGGAGGCAAAGAGGCAACAAAGAAAGCUGAACUUUCUGAUUACUCAGACAGAGCUUUAUGCACAUUUCAUGAGUCGGAAGCGCAAUAUGGGGAGCGAUGGAAUGCAGGAAGAGAUCCUUAGGAAACUGGAGGACAACUCGAUGCUUCGGCAGAUUGACAUUGGUGGUGGCGUGAUGGUCAAUGUCAGCCAUGAGGACUAUGACAGUGAAUAUUAUAAGUCUCAAGCUCUGAAGAAUGCAGAGGACGCAUACCAGAUUCACCAGGCCAGGACAAGAAUGUUUGAUGAAGAAGCCAAAGACAGUCGAUCAGCAUCUUUGCAAGUAGCAAAUAAUACAGGAACAGGUUUUGGAGAGAGUUACAGUCUAGCCAACCCAUCCAUUCGUGCUGGAGAAGACAUUCCUCAGCCAACUAUCUUUCAUGGCAAGCUAAAAGGCUACCAGCUGAAGGGUAUGAACUGGCUUGCUAAUCUCUAUGAACAGGGUAUUAAUGGCAUCUUAGCUGAUGAAAUGGGGUUGGGCAAAACUGUACAAAGCAUUGCACUUUUGGCACACUUAGCUGAACGUGACAACAUCUGGGGGCCAUUUCUAAUAAUAUCUCCUGCUUCUACACUAAACAACUGGCAUCAAGAGUUUACAAGAUUUGUUCCAAAAUUUAAGGUAUUACCUUAUUGGGGAAAUCCCCAUGACAGGAAGGUAAUUCGUAAAUUUUGGAGUCAGAAAACUCUUUAUACUCAAGAUGCCCCCUUUCAUGUGGUUAUAACCAGCUAUCAACUUGUUGUACAAGACGUGAAGUAUUUUCAGCGUGUAAAGUGGCAGUACAUGGUACUGGAUGAAGCCCAAGCACUAAAAAGCAGUGCCAGUGUUCGAUGGAAGAUUUUGUUGCAGUUUCAGUGUCGUAAUCGUCUUCUGUUGACUGGAACCCCAAUACAAAACACAAUGGCUGAGCUCUGGGCCCUUCUGCACUUCAUCAUGCCUACGUUGUUUGACUCCCAUGAAGAAUUCAAUGAAUGGUUUUCACGGGAUAUUGAAAGUCACGCAGAGAACAAGUCUGCCAUUGAUGAGAACCAGCUGUCUCGGUUGCACAUGAUUUUAAAACCAUUCAUGCUGAGACGAAUCAAAAAAGAUGUAGAAAAUGAGCUUUCUGAUAAGAUUGAAAUUCUGAUGUAUUGCCAACUGACAAGCCGGCAGAAGCUUUUGUAUCAAGCCUUAAAGAACAAAAUUUCAAUUGAGGACCUUUUGCAGUCUUCCAUGGGAACAACACAACAGGCCCAAAACACAACAAGUAGUUUAAUGAACCUUGUCAUGCAAUUUCGAAAGGUGUGCAAUCAUCCUGACUUAUUUGAAAGACAGGAAACAAGAUCUCCAUUUCAUAUGUCUCUGAAACCCUACAUAAUGUCCAAGUUUCUCUUCCGAAAUGGCCUUAUUUCCACUUUCAAUCAAUGUCGAUCUAGGUUAUUACAAGUGUUGCUGUCACCAUUUGCACCAGAUCACAUUCAUCAGUCAUUAAUGCAUAGAAAAGGAAAUGAUGAAAGUAGUUGUUUUUCUUUCUUGAGAUUUAUCGAUGUUUCUCCUUCUGAUAUGAAUAACAUUAUGCUUCAGGGAACCUUAAUCAGGUGGUUAGCACUUUUUUUAUCACUUAAGUCUUCAUACCGGCUUUACCACAAACGGCAGUGGGAUGCCAACGGAGAUGAAGGAAGCAAUGCCAAAUCUAACUACCUUGUCAACAAAGCUCUCAUUCUUUGGGUGAACUCACCAACAUCUUUUGUGAAUGUGAACAGCAGCCCUGUAUUACAGGAGCUCAUUUUUACUAGGCACACUAAAGCGGUAGUGGGCCAUACAGACAUCAUUGUGCAUCGAAGAAAAUCGGCUACCUCAACCAUUAGACAUUGCCAGGAGACAGAGCUUCCUAAAUUUCUUUUUUGCUCCAUACCUCGGGUGUCUGCAGUCCCAAUGGAACAGUACUGUAAUGACCGUAGUGCUGAGUAUGAAUGGGCGGCAAUGAAGGAAGGUGGAAAUUUCAUGGCGAAGCAAUGCUUCUUGUAUGGUGAUCCAGCGCUUGCAACUAACAGAGUGGGAAGACUUCCAGAAUUCUUUCCAGAAAGUCCUGGAGGUGUCAUGGCCAUUAACCCUCGACAUGGCUGGUCAUUCAUUAAGAUACCAGACAAGGAGAGUUUGAUAACAGACAGCGGGAAACUUCACACUCUGGACCUGCUGUUGACACGACUCAAGUCGCAAGGACACAGAGUUCUCAUCUACUCUCAGAUGACAAGGAUGAUUGAUCUUCUUGAGGAAUAUAUGGUUUAUCGCAAGCAUACGUACAUGAGACUAGAUGGAUCCUCAAAAAUUUCUGAGAGGCGAGACAUGGUGGCAGAUUUCCAGAGCCGAACGGACAUCUUUGUGUUCCUUUUAAGCACAAGAGCUGGUGGUUUGGGAAUUAACCUAACAGCGGCUGACACUGUCAUAUUUUAUGACAGUGACUGGAACCCAACUGUAGAUCAGCAAGCCAUGGACAGAGCGCACAGGCUGGGUCAGACUAAGCAAGUGACUGUUUAUCGGCUAAUUUGUAAGGGAACAAUUGAAGAAAGAAUAUUACAGAGAGCAAAAGAGAAGAGUGAGAUUCAGCGAAUGGUCAUCUCAGGGGGCAAUUUUAAACCCGACACUCUGAAACCAAAGGAAGUAGUGAGCCUGCUUUUGGAUGAUGAGGAACUUGAGAAGAAAUUACGACAGCGACAAGAAGAAAAAAGGCAACAGGAAGAGUCCAGCAAAGUAAAAGAUCGCAAGAGAAAAAGAGAAAAAUAUGCAGAAAAGAAGAAGAAGGAAGAUGAAAUGGAUAUUAAAAGGAGGAAAGAGGGCAUGAAUAUAGUCAUUCCAUUCCUACCCUCUGCGGACAAUUCUAAUCUUUCAGCUGAUGGAGAUGACUCCUUUAUCAGUGUGGAUUCAGCACUACCAAGUCCCUUCAGUGAAAUUUCAAUGAGCAGUGAGCUUCAAGCUGGAUCAAUCCCACCUGACGAGAGCAGUAGUGAUAUGUUGGUUAUUGUUGAUGAUCCAAUGUCAUCUGCUCCACAAUCUCGAGCAACAAACUCCCCUGCAUCUGUUACUGGGUCUGUCUCAGACAACAUGAAUGGAGUUUCAUCUCAAGACACCUGUAGCCCUGGUAGGGGGCGCUCUGGGAGAAGCCGUGGACGCCCUAAAGGCUCAAGCGGAGGGACCAAGUCAGCAGGAAAAGGAAGGAGCCGCAAGUCAACAGCUGGUAGUGCAGCAGCUAUGGCAGGAGCCAUGGCAGGAGCAGCGGCAGCCUCUGCAGCAGCGUAUGCAGCAUAUGGCUACAGUGUAUCAAAAGGUAUCGGGAACACCAGCACACUGCAGCCUUCACUUGCAAGAUCCAGCUGUACUGGUAAUUUUCUACCCUCAGGCUCGUCCUCCCCUCUCACAUCUCCUCAGGGUAAAGCAGGCAUUGUCCCUUCUAGUCCUCAAACUAUUAGCCAUGUCAAUCCUGCCACGAUAAACAGAAAACACAAAGGACUGAGUUCACUAGGAGGAAGGUAGCAGUUCGCAGAAAACCUGCCCUAGUAUAAAAAUGAUCUGAAAUCUGCAUUACUGCGUGCAAGCAUUGUGUGACUGUUUGGAAAUUUGGCAGUUAAUAAUAAGGCAUAUUAUGAAUUGAAUAAUGGCACAUUUGAUUUAGCUACCUUUGCUGAACCAGGAAGAAGCCAUCUUCAUGUAACUUUCACAUAGCUGUCCGGUGUUACUGGAAGGGCUCAUAAGAUGAACAUAAAAGGAAACUGAAAUCACAGUUGGACAAAUGGCACAGAGAGAAGGUGGGGCUGAAGGUGGCAUGAGAUGUCAGAAAUGUUGUUUUCAUUUUUACAUCCUAUAGAAUGUCUGUUUAUUUUACAGGGGUUUUUUCUAUCAUGUGAUUAUUAACACCCUCACCUUGCUAUCUGUUAAAUGCUUCCAGACUACAUACUUGUAGUUCUCUGUGAUGCAAAAAAACCAAGAAAAAAUCCCAUUGCCAAUCUGAGUGAAACGUGACUAAUACAGUGUUGUGACAAAUUUAGAUACUCAGGUGUAACCUGACAGCAAUUAUAGGAUAAAGUGAGCAAGACCUAUUCUAUCUGUUUUUGACAAUCAGCCCACAGGAGUUUCCAUGCAUUUCCUAUGGACUGAUUGUUUGAAACACUUGGUCAUACAGAAACAAUGCAAAUGAAGCCUUCUUACACUGGGUGGUUAUAAUGUCCCAUUUAAUGUUUAUGAAAUAUAGACUAAAAGCCAUGAACAAUGAGAUAGUAUUUGUUUAUUUUUAUCAAAUUACUGGUAAAUGAGAAGAAAUAAUAUAUAUAUAAAAUGUUGCAACAAUAUGUUAAAAAUUACAAAUGUGGUACGCUUACAAAUAAUCUACAGGCUUCUGUUGCCUGUACCUUCAACUUUUAGAUUUAUAACUGCUGUCAAUGGAAAGUGAUUAUCAGGUCCAUUGCUCUUAGUCCAUAGGUCUCUUUGAAAACAUUUUUGUUCCUGGUUCUGUAAAAUGUGUAAACUGCACUUUUUUUUUUUUUUGGAAGAGUAUGCUUAUGAUCAUCAGAGGUAUUGCUGUUAUCAAUGCCAUAAUGGUAUACGUUUUUUACUUCUGUGAAUUAAUUGUUUAUAUAGCAAUCUUUAUUAUUAUUUUUUUAACAGAAUGCUGCUGUGAAUUAGGUGAUACAGUAAUAUACCCUGGAGAAUUACAGAAUAGUAGAGCCAUAUUUAGGUUUGUAUAGAAAUGGAUCUACCAAAUAUGUGAUAUUUCUAAAUAUAUUUUACACUAUAAAAUAUGUUGGUGUAUAGAAAUCCAUUAUUGAGAGUGAGAAUAGGCAGACCGAUCUCCUUGAUAAAAUGUAAUAUAGAGCUGUGUAUAAUUUAAAGCACUAUUACCCAUAUUUCCCUUUUUUGUACAACCUUAAAAGUCAUUUUUUGAAAUGUACGUCCAGCAGAUUGGAACAGAGCAGUAUAAAAUUCCGUCAAGUGGUAAAAUUUUAAAUUUCCAUUAUUUUUGUGAUAUAUAUUCUAAGUGUUAAACUAAAAAACAUUACAUUAACUGACUGAAAAUGCAAACAUCAUUUAUACAAUGUUGUGUUUGUUUUUAGACUACUAGAAUCUAAAAACAAAUGAUGAUUACAAAUAUAAACAGUUCAAAAGGAAACUUAAUUGAUUUUUUUUAAUGUUAUAUAUUAAAACUGUGUUUGCCUGAACUCAGUGUAAAUAUGCUCUCUGUGACACCUUUGUUUUUCCUUUUCUGUUUUUGUCUAUUUUUAUAGGUGAUUAUGUACAUAUGUAUAAAAUUGUCAUUUUACUAACUGGAGAGACAAAAUCAAAAUAAAAAAUAUUAGAGAGUAAUUUUA